CUCAAACCUGCAGCUUGGACCCAACUUUUUUCUGAAGAGUUGUUGAUUGAAACGACCUUCGAGGCCCGAGUUCGCGACACAACGACAAGUCUAUUGUUCAGCUAGGGGCACGGCAGAUGGCUUCCCUAAACCGGUGUCUUGCCUCGUUGGCAAGGCUUAACCUCACAGCACCUGCCAGGCCAACAACGACCCCGUCAAUACCCAAAUUCCUGCUCCCCACGACGGCGGUUCCCGUGGUUCGAUAUGCAUCCGGCGGAGGCGGCAUGCGCAAGCGCCCACCAAAGAAGAAGAAGGCGUACAAGACAUUCCGAUCAUACGACCUCUCGCCGAUGGAGCAGUUUUCCCUUUGCGAUGCUAUGCGCUACAUCCGCGCUUUCGAGGUCGGCCGCCCGCCCGCUGUCGUCAAAUACGAGGUAUCGAUCAAACUUAAAACAAACAAGAGCGGCCCCGUAGUUCGGAACCGAAUCCGUCUUCCUUUCCCUGUCAAGACCGACACACGCAUCGGUGUUAUUUGUCCCGAGGACAGCCCUCUGAUGAUUGAGGCGCAACAACUCGGUGCUGUAGCCGUGGGAGAAAAUAGCCUCUUUGAGAGUAUCCGACAAGGCAAUAUUCCAUUCAACAAGCUCAUCUGCCACGCCGACAGCCAAGACGCGCUGAAGAAGGCCAAUCUUGGCAAGAUCCUCGGCCCCAAGGGCUUGAUGCCGAGCCAAAAGACCAAGACCAUCACGACCGACCUCAAGGCUACGGUGCAGGAGCUGAUCGGUGCGGACGAAUACAGGGAGCGCAGUGGCGUGGUGAGGCUGGCGGUUGGCCAAUUGGGUUUCACACCCAAAAUGCUGUUCGAUAACGUCACGGCGCUUAUGAAGUUGUUACAGGUGGACAUCAACAACGUGGACGAUAGCUACACAAAGGCGCUUGACGAGGUUGUUCUCAGCUCCACCAACGGGCCCGGCUUCAGCCUGAACGGCGACUUCCUCCCCGCCGACGAGACCCUGAAGCCGGAGGACUUGCAGUCCGCCAUGUAACCUUUGUACCAUAGAUGUAUGUUGUGUACCAUAAUUUCAUGAAGCAAACCGCCCCGAGCGGCUGGGUAUCUAAAGCGAAUUGGGAGUGCGGUGCCGGGUUCCUAUUUUCCCUUCAAGACCUUGACCGCGUCGUCUUGCGCGUCUAAGAUCCUGUAUAUCCCCAAGUAGUUCAAUGUGCGCCCUUGACCCUGCAGGCCGGCUUUGCGGGCUUCCCUUAAUGCUGUGCUCAGAUCGAGCAGGAUUGUGUUCCGGCAACGGAGCAUCCUCUCCUCCAUUUUCCUCACGAACGGUAGAUCCCGACCGAUCGAUUCCGCAAUCUGCUCAGCAAGCACGUACUCCUUCGCCAAUGCCGUCAACUUUGCCGGGCUGCUGCUGACGAACUCGCCCUCCUCAUCCUCAUCUUCCUCCUCCCCAUCACUCCCCGCAGAGUCGAAAUCAUCCCCCCAAUCCUCAUCCUCAUCAUCACCCCCACCUUGGAACCCCU